UGGCUUGAAGUAUGAAGUAUAAUAUGUCUGUGUGCUUGUUAAUUGUGAUAUGUUUGUGUGUGCAAGUUAUGAAAUACCAAAGUAGCAGAUGGAGUGAACAGGUGGCAUGCAGUGUGUGUGGCUUUCAAGACACAAUUGGUGUGCUGUGUCUUUCAAAAGGAAAUCCUUGAGCAUUGCUUUCAGCCGAAAGGGGAUGCAGAGAAAUGGCAAGAGAGACUAUUAUAAUUUUUGGUUCAGGCUUCUUUGAGAAGUAAACCAGUGCAACAUCCAACAAACAUGGAAUCCUUAUAGAACUAAAGAGCCAAUAAAACAGAGAGGGAAGACAGGAAAGAAGGACAGAAAGUAAUGAUCAAACGCUGCCCCCCUCCAUAAAUGGUGGACAUUCCCACUGGGAGUCCGACAGGCAGGUUGCACGAACUGGAGUUCAGAGGUUAAUGAGCAUGGAGGAGGAGCAGGGAGGGGGUUUGGGUUCAAAAUGAGAUUGACAGCCAGAUAGCAACAAUCUAAAAGCAGGGCUGAGCCACGCUAGAAGACCUUGUCUAUGACAUGACUAUCACAAAAGCAAAGGUAAGAGGAGGAAUACAGUGUGGCCCAAAAAAGUAUUCGGACACUUUUGGACUUAAGAAUGAUUUAGAAUGAAUUCCACAUAAAAAUGUCUGAAUGUCAUUGCAUUCAAGACAAAAUAUAAAAGCAAGUGUCAUGUGCAAACAAACUGGGAAAAAAAAGUCUUAAUUAGUAUUUUUGUCUUCAGUAAAAAUAUCGAAACAUUCUUAAAACAGGAUAUAUAUAUAUGAUAUAUAUAUAUAUAUAUAUACUGUACCUGACAUUUUAGAGAAAAAUCUAACUAAAUUUAGUGAGAUUUAUGCUUAAAACAAGAAAAAACUAUUUGCCAGUGGGGUAAGAAAAAUAAACUUGAUUCAAAGGGAAAAUAAUUUUUUUGUUUGUUUGUUUUCUUGUUUUAAGCUUAAAGUUGGCAAAAUUUUGUCAGAUUUCUCUGAAAACAAAACGUAUCUUAUGCUAUUUUGCUUGUCAAGUAAAUAUAUCUUGUUUUACGAACGUUUUUAUACUUUUACUGGAAAACAAGACAAAAAUACUGAGUAAGAAAAUGAUUUUUUGCGUUGGGCUUUUCUCAGAACUACACUUUUCUGAGCCAUUUUUGCAGUGACUUUCAAGCAAGUCAGUAACCCGGAAAUUCACACAGGGAACCACGGGUGUAUUUUAUCACAUUAACUGUUUGACGACCUGUACCAAUAUGUUUGAACAAUAUAUCUAUUGUUUUAUUAUCCUAAACCUAACAGACAUUUUGUGAUAUGUUUUGCUUAAAAAGUGUGCGUUAUACAUGAAAAUAAAAGCCAUUUGGUUUGAUAUUUUAUAAUAUAAUGCAGAGACAUUCAUACUUUUUGGAAUUUUCCAGGUUUAAUACAAGUUAAUCUCAAUCGACAGCAUUUGUGGAAAAAUACUGAUUACCACAAAAAGAAUGUCGACGCGUCCCUCCUUUUCUUUAAAAAAAGCAAAAAUCAAAGUUACAGUGAGGCACUUACAAUUGAAGUGAAUGGGGCACAUUUUUGGAGGGUUAAAAGGCAGAAAUGUGAAGCUUAUAAUUGUAUAAAAGCAUUUAUGUACAUUUUUCUGUUAAAACUCAUGGAUUAUAUAAGCUGUAAAUUUGUUUAUAUUGUCAUUUUUACAGUCAUGUUAGGGUUUGGCAACAAAGUUGUAAAACUGGAUAUAAAAUGUACACAGAAAAGGUUAGAGAUUAUAUCACACUAAAAUCAUGUUAACACACAUAUUGUUUAUGUCUUGUGGUAAUACUUUUGAAAUUGAGAAUUUUAACAUUUACAGAUUGGCCCCAUUUACUUCCAUUGAAGUGUCUCACUGGAACCCCCAAUUCAUAUUAUGAAUCAAAUUCUGUCGAUUGAGCUUAACUUGUAUUGAACCCAAAAUAUUUAAGUAUGAUAAAACAAGUGUCCAAAUGCUUUCUGUCUUGAUUUUGAUCAGUAUACUGUAUCUAUUGUUUUAUCAUUUGGAACCUACUGUAACAAAUUUAUUUUUCAAUGCUUGGCUUGAAAAGUAUGCUUGUACUAUCAUAUAAAAUAUAUGCCAUUUGGUUUAUAUUGUUUUUAAAUGUGACCUACAGAAAGUUUUCGGGUUAAACACAAGUUAAGCUCAGUUGACGGCAUUUGUGGCAUAAUGUUGAUUACCACAAACAAUAAUUUGGAACAAUCCCUUGUUUUGUUUUGUUUUUUAAUUAAAAAUCGUGCUUACGGUAAGUCACAGUAAAAGUGAAUGGGGCCAGUCAAUAAACAUUAAAAUACAAACUGAUUCAAAAGUAUAGCCACAAAAUGUUAACAUUAUAUGUGUUAACAGGAUUUUAGUGCGAUUAAACAGUGUAAUCUGGUAAACACCGUAACACUAUUAAAUCUUGAUUUUUUUCACACUGGACACAUUUGGACACAUAAGUGUAUAAAAUCCUUUUUUUGGUCCAUUGUACACUCUUAGAAAAAAGGUUCUUUGGGGUUCUAUUUAGAACCCUAGGGUUCUUUUCUCAGCUCCAAAGAACACUUUACGCCAAAAAGGUUCUAUUUACAAAGAUUUACAGAAAAAAGAACCCUUUUUGCACAAAAGGGUUUUUGGGUUGACAAUUGUAUAUGCGGAUGCAUAAAUUACAUUAUUGAAAGUUUUGUUUAUAAAUAGUUUUGAACACUACACUACAUUACUGUUGCAUUUGCAUUUCAUACUACAGAAAAAUAAAGAUUUUACAAGGUACUUCUAGAGCUUUGGGUUUGAUUAGAAAAUAACAAAUUACAGAUGUUCAGAUCCAAUGUCCUCUCUCUUUUAGAUGACAGGUUUAUCUUAAUAUUAAUAUACAGUCUAUAGUCUAUUCUUGACUCAUAAUUCAACAAAAAAUUCAAAAAAUGUUGUUUAUCAUGAACAGCAAAAAAACUUGAGCAUGUAGGGCUGUUUUUUUCCUCCUAUCUACAUAGUGCAAAGGUACAUUUAAAGCAAGUGAUCAAAACGUGUGAGGAUCCUAUUUCAAAUUUUAACGGCCACGGAAAGUCGGUUGAGCUGAUAUCUUGAGGGUGACGUUACCCUGGUAAGUAAGACUUAUAAAUUAAUUUGUUGAUAAAUUUUAUGUUAUUUGUAUUUAUUUUGACCUAACUCCUUGUCAUUUAUGACUUACAUAUUUAUUUCAGCAUGCACAAAGAAUAAAUGUCGACAAAACUGUUUCAUCCAGACCUGCGAUAUUCUCCACCAGGAGAAUAGAAGAACAGGGAGCCCUGCAAUAGAUGGCAUGGCCCUCACAGAGCCCCCCACUGAACAUUGGGUCAGUCUGGGAUUACACGAAGAGACAGAAGUAAUUGAAACAGCCGAAAUAAAUAAAAGAACUGUGGUGAAUUCCCCAAGAAGCUUGGAACAUCCUAUCUGCCAACAACCAAGAAAAACUGUGUCCAGGUGGAGUCCCUCCAAAGCUGUGUCCACCAUGUCCCUCUCUGUGCGCCCCUCGCGCAGGGUCGUCGCCAGAUCCAUCACUAGGAGCCAGUCCUUCGCCGGAGUCAACUCCUACGAUAAGUCUUACAGGAACCUCUCUGUGUUCAGCACCCCCGCGUGUGUAAGGAAAACUCCCUCCAGAGCAAGCAGGAUGUUCACACUCUCCACUAAAUCACCUCCUCCAAAGGUGCCCCAGCCCGAGAGGCUGGACGAGGUGUAUGAGGCACUGAAGAAAGGACUGCAAUCUUACCUGCAGGUCCAUCAGAUGGAGCUGGACAGUCUGAAUAGACAAAUGAAAGAAUCCAAGAGAAACUCUCGCUUGGGCUUUCUAUAUGAACUUGACAAGCAAGUGAAAGUGAUUGAGAGAUUUAUGAGACGGCUGGAGUUUCAUCUCAGUAAGAUCGAUGAGCUCUAUGAGGCCUACUGUAUGCAGCGCAGACUGAGAGACGGAGCCAAUAAGAUGGUGAAGGCUUACACGGCUUCUCCAGGCAGCAGAGAGGCCAGAGAGAGUCUGUCUGAAGCCAACAAGAGCUUCAAAGAGUACACAGAGAAUAUGUGCAUGCUAGAGAGUGAGCUGGAGAACCAGCUGGGGGAGUUCCAUGUCAAAAUGAAGGGCCUGGCGGGUUUUGCACGACUCUGUGCAGGAGAUCAGUAUGAGAUAUUUAUGAAGUAUGGUCGCCAGCGGUGGAAGCUGCGAGGUCGGAUUGAGAUCAAUGGCAAGCAAGUGUGGGACAGUGAGGAGAUGGUCUUCCUUCCCCUCAUCACAGAGUUCCUGUCUAUAAAGAAUAUGUUGAGGAGACAGGAAGAGAUGGAGAAUGGAACAGCGUGGUCAAAUUCCUCUGAAUCCUCAGACGAUUCAUCCAGUCCCCAGCUUUCCUUGGGAAUGCGUCACGCACAUAAAAACUUAGUCCAGCCUGAGGUACAAACUGCUCCUCCUGCCAUUGAAAUCUCUUUUGCCCCCCGUCACUCAGCAACCUCUACUCCCACCCGCCUGGCCAAUCAGAAAGAAGAGGACGAGGAGGAGGAAGAGGAAAAGGAUCUUAAGAAACCAGCAGCCAAAAUAACAGUUACCACUAAGGCCACUGUGAAACAGGAAGUGCCCAACGGCCAUCCCCGAUUUUCCCGCUCUCUUAGCCACAUCAGCGAGAACAGUGUAGAUGGUGUUUUGACAGAUAGAUUGACUGGGGAAUCCUUGGAGACCACUGAAGUGACUUCAGUGGUCUCUUUGAUAUCAGUAAGUGACAUGGAUAAGCCCCACAGAGCAGAACCAUGUUUUGUCGUACCAGAGACUCAGGAGAUCUGCGCUGUUCUUGUCCAAGCCACCUGUGAACCAACCUGCACAGUUGAGCCACUGAACUGUCCAGAAAGUAGCUCCUGCAAGGAGCAGCAGGGACUUCCUGCUGUAACCACAGCCUGUGUCAUAUCUGAAAAAGCUAACAAAGAGCUUAGGUCUAGGCCAAGCUCUGUCUCCUACACCUGUGGAGAGAGAGACUCUUCCCCCAGUGCUAUUGUCUUGUCCCAUCAGAUGGACACUGGAGCAUCUAGGACUGAUCUCUCAGCACAGAGCCAUGAGCCAUGCCUCACAAAGUUACAAACAGACAUUGUGCUAGCCAAGAGGUCUGGUUCUUUAGCAGAGACUAGACCCACAGAUGGUAUGGAAGCACAAUCAGCAGACAGCAGUGUGGAGGAAGCCCUUAGUGCAGUUAUGUCCUCCCUUGAUGACUACAGAGGCCAGUUCCCAGAGCUGCAGGUCUUGGAGCAAGAGCUGAAAUUGUUGGAUGAAGCACUAACAGUACGGAGUUGCAGUCGUUCGUCCAGUGUCAGUUUGACAGUUGAGACUGCUCUUGGAAGCUUUGACUUCCUCAAUACAGCAGACCUGGAAGAGGAAGAAGAUGAGGAGGAUGGCGAGAGACAAAGUGUGACAGACAGCACUGAGGUGCGGCCUGCGGCUGUGGAGAGUGCAGGGGAGGAUGAGGGUUGUGAGGUGGGAUGUUGGGACACUUCCUCUGAUCCUCUCAGCACAGGGUGCCCAGCUCUAGAUCACACCCUACUGGUUCAUCUGAAGAACUGCAGCUCUCAGCUACUGAGGUUAGGCACAUUUGGGCCUCUGCGCUGCGGGGAGAUGUAUGCUCUGGACCGUCUCCUCAGGGAGGCUAGAGUCCUCGAGCUCAUACGAUGGGUUGUCAAGGACUCAAGGGGCGGAGUCAGACAACCAGAGGAGGUUGUUCCUCAAUUAGAUCAGUGCCAAGGGGCUGUGUUGCUAUGGCGGCAGUGCACGGAUGGCUACAGUGUGUACAGCACCUCCACAGAGGCUUUCUUACAGGCGCUCAGCAAUGCUUACACCAGCAAACUCCCAGAGAGAGGAGCCGGCUUUGCAGACACAGUGUUUCUGCGUCUGGUGGAACGGGUCCUGGAGAGAAAGCUGCCAAGGCGUGGUGGAGGUGCGGCCAAAGAAAUGCUCACGCUCUUCCAGUUUUGGAGCUACCUGGAAGCAGAGGGAGUGAAUGAAUUGGACACACACAUGACCGAGCUUGCUGAAGAAGUGUGGCUAGUUCAGUGCCUACAGUCUGGAGACCAGGAUGUUCUGGUAAAGUCUCUGAAGAAACCUCCAGAGUGCAGUCUGAAGAGGGAGGGCUUACGGACAGUCAGUCUGCUACUGAGGGACCCAAGGGGGAAAGUGUGCAGUACAGCCAGCUCUCUGCUGCGUAGUCUAGCUGACCAAACCCGCCACAGGGAGAGGGCUCUUGUGAGCUGUCUUGAACUGCUGGAGGAUGAGAGCAUUGAGACGCGAGUUUGUGGAUGUAAAGCACUCGCCUGUCUGAAGGCCAAAGAGAGCAUUGAGCAGCUGGUGUAUCUGUGCCGGACAGAUAAGGAGGAUGUGAGGGAUGCUGCCAAACAAGCUCUGCUUGUGCUAGGUGAGGAGGGGAAGAUGGCCCAUCGACACGUUGAGUCCUCACAAGAUGGAAUGUCUCGCCUUUUUGCACCUGGCAGUAUGACCAGUACUGCCUUCUAACAGAAUCAACUGAACGAUACUCAUCGGAAACAAUAUGCUAAUGUCUCAGUAUAUUCAUCUACAUGAUCAUACCAAUUUAAAAACUAUUAAAUGCACACUAAUAAAAAUGAUCAAAUGUACACUAUACAGUUGUACAAGUGCACAUCAGUGUGAUCGCACAAUGACAGAGUGUUCCAUAGUGUCCUCAAAGACAUGGACAGAUAUCAAUACAAUAAUUUGACAAGGGGAUUUGUAUGUCAGUCUGUAUGUUAUGAAUAUUUUAAAUAUGGCCUAAGAUAAACCACUGUUAAGUGAAUAGUAAGAUAUAGAGAGUGGGUUUAUUAAGAAUGUUUUGCUGCCUUAUGAUUUCGCCCAAGUGUUCCCUUCACGAUUCAUGAAAGCUAGACCCUGAUCAGAAAUACAAGUGAUGACUGUACUGAUAGUGAUGGGAGAUAAAGUGUUUUCACUUUAUUGAAUAAAGUAGGCAGCUGCUUCCUGCGGAGUAAAUAGAGAGCAUAGCUGUCCACUUUGUCAAGAGUGUUUGUGUGUGUACAUAUUGAAUGGAGAAUGAAUGUUGGUAGUUGGGGGUUUCACACCUCAGAAAGUAGGAUGGGGAUCCUGGAAAGUAUUUUCCUUAAUCCCAAACUUUUAUAGGGACCUUGUUGCCAUUAAAAGUGUAACAGUGCCAUCAUUCCAAACUGUCAUAUGCUUUAUUGUUACAGAAUAUAUAUAUAUAUAUAUAUAUAUAUAUAUAUAUAUAUAUAUAUUCCGUGGGAAGUGUAAAUGUUUUAUGUUGUAAUUUAGUUUAAAUACUCAGUAGCAAAUGCAGAUUUGUUUCGAUUCACCAUGCACUUCUCAAGAUUUAAACCAUUGGCAAUGAUGUAAUAUCUGCUGUAAAAGUGGUGAGAAGCUGUUCUUUUUUAUUCAGAUUUGAAAAUGCCAUUAUUAAUUUGAUUAAAAGAGUAAACUGUGGUGAAUAUUGCCUUUUGCAAUAGUUUCAGACAACCUCUUCAUGCAUGUGAUUUCUAGACUGCAUUUUUGCCAGUGCUGCUUGACAGAAAGCUUCUCAGCUUAACCCAUAGAGUGCUCAUUUUACAUAGCAUUAAUUUCUCACCUAAUUUGUUUCAGACUUUAAUGGACAAAGAAUGCCUCCUCAGUGUACAAGUGCCUCAAAUUAAUAUGGGGAGCAUGAGAAUGAGAUACUUUAUUUAAAACUCAAGAUUGCAGUUUAGGAUUACAAACUGCAGGACAGAUUUACAUAUAUUUUAUUAUUACCUACAGUUUGUGCAGCAUUAAUGAAGUGAUCUACUUUUGAUUUCUUUUUCUCUAAAUAUGUAUUAUGUCUGACAAGGAUAUUGCUGCCAUCAACUGUAAAGAAAACUAUUAAAAUUAUGAACAUUAAACUUGCCUGUUUUAUUUAUAAACAAAUGUGAAAGU